AUAUAUAGACACUAGCUAGUAGGAUAUGGCUUCAUACCAUGUUUCAUUUCCAUGGCUCUAUUAGUCCUCUACUUGUCCUAUAUUUUCUCCUUUGUCCUCUUAACCCUUAUAGUACAAAAGAUAAGAAAGAAGAAAAGUUACUCAACUUAUAACUUACCACCUGGGCCAAUAAAGCUACCUAUUAUAGGAAAUAUACACAAUCUUUUAAGCUCUCAACCCCAUAAAAAAUUAAGAGACUUGGCCAAAAAAUAUGGACCCUUGAUGCAUCUUCAACUUGGAGAGGUUUCUACUAUUAUCAUUUCAUCACCUGAGUGUGCUAGUGAAGUAAUGAAAACACAUGAUAUUAACUUUGCAUCAAGGCCUCAAAUCUUAGCUACAGAAAUAAUGUCUUACAAUACCACAAAUAUAGCUUUUGCACCUUAUGGUAAUUACUGGAGACAGCUAAGAAAAAUCUGCACAUUGGAGCUUUUAAGCCUUAAAAGGGUGAACUCAUACAAAUCAAUUAGAGAAGAAGUGUUCUUCAAUCUUGUCGAAAGGAUUGGUUCGGAGAACGGAUCUGUCGUCAACCUCACUCAAGCUGUAAUUUCUUCGAUAUACACGAUUGUUUCGAGGACCGCCUUUGGUAAUGAAUGCAAAGACCAAGAGAAAUUUAUAUCAAUACUGAAACAAUCAAUAAAGGUUGCAUCAGGUUUUAACUUAGGAGAUUUGUUUCCUUCUUCUAAAUGGAUUCAACAUGUUACUGGUUUGAGGCCUAAGCUUGAGGAGUUUCAUAGACAAACUGAUCAGAUAGUGGAAAACAUUAUCAAUGAGCAUAGAGAGGCAAAGUACACAAAAGCCAAAGAUGAUCAAGGUGAAGUAGAAGAAGAUCUAGUAGAUGUUCUCUUAAAAUAUGAGGAUGGUAGCAACCAAGAAUUUUCAUUAACAAAGAGCAAUAUCAAGGCAAUUAUCAUGGACAUUUUUGGUGCUGGAGGUGAGACAUCAGCAAGCACAAUAGAUUGGGCCAUGGCAGAAAUGGUAAGAGAUCCAAGAAUAAUGCAGAAAGCAAAAACUGAGGUGAGAGAGGUUUUCAAUAUGAAAGAAAAGGUUGAUGAAAAUUGCAUCAAUGAACUCAAUUAUUUGAAAUUAGUUAUCAAAGAAACCCUAAGGUUACACCCUCCGGCACCUCUUUUGCUACCAAGAGAAUGUAGUAAAGGUUGUGAGAUACAUGGUUAUCACAUACCAAGUAAGAGUAAGGUGUUGAUAAAUGCAUGGGCAAUUGCAAGAGAUCCAAACUACUGGAUUGAACCAGAGAGGUUUUAUCCUGAAAGAUUCAUAGACAGCACUGUUGAUUAUAAAGGGAAUAAUUUUGAGUAUAUACCCUUUGGUGCAGGAAGAAGAAUGUGUCCAGGAAGCACAUUUGGUUUGAGAAAUGUUGAGGUGGCCCUUGCAAUGUUGUUGUAUCAUUUUGAUUGGAAACUUCCCUGUGGAAUCACAAGUGAAGAAAUGGACAUGACUGAGGAAUUUGGAGUCACAGUCAGAAGAAAAGAUGAUCUCUUAUUGCUUCCUUUUGCUUAUAAUCCUCUGCAUGUUACAUGAGCUUCUUAAGAAGAAACUGAAACCUUUGGCAGUUUGCAGUUUAGUAAUACUAGUAAUCUAUCUAUUAUAUCUAUUAUAUAUAUUUAAAAUAGACUCCGCUCAUCUCAUACUUUUUUCUCCAGAUAAACAAGCAUUUCUCAAUUCAGUCAUAAAGCUGACGUGUACAUUAUCGUAGAGAGUUUUAUUUUCUAAAUAGUUUUUCCACAAAUUAUAUAAAACAUCCACUAUCUUAUACUAUAUCUAUUAUUUAAAUAAGAUUUCAUAACUUUUACUCAAA